UUAAAUCACAUGCUCUUUUUCCUUCCAGUUUCACUUGCAAACAUGGCUUUACACUCGGGGUUUUUCGUUCUUUGCAAAAUACUGUUUCUGUUUUCUGCCUUCGCUUUAGCAAAUGGACAUAAAGGAUUUGAAAAGUUUUUGCAAAAACGUCUCAGCUUCCACAAACCUGAGGCCAAGGAGCAGUGGUUCAUUCAGAAACUGGAUCAUUUCAAUGGUCAGGAAAGCAGAGUCUGGAAACAGAGAUAUUUUGUGAAUGACACCUUUGCUCAGCCUGAUGGUCCGGUGUUUUUAAUGAUCGGGGGAGAGGGCCCGGCCAGCCCUGCCUGGAUGGACCACGGCACCUGGCUCACCUACGCCGAGAAACUGGGCGCGCUCUGCUUUAUGCUGGAGCACCGCUUUUAUGGGAAAAGUCAUCCAACACUUGACCUGAGCACAGACAGCCUGCGUUUCUUGAGCAGCAGACAGGCCCUGGCAGACCUGGCCCACUUCAGGACAGAGAUGGCAGAGACUUGGGGGCUGAGUGACAGGAAGUGGGUGGCAUUCGGAGGCUCUUACCCAGGGUCCCUCGCUACCUGGUUCAGACUGAAGUAUCCACACCUCGUCCACGCCUCUGUGGCCACCAGCGCACCUGUCCAUGCCCAAGUCAACUUCCCAGAGUAUCUGGAGGUCGUGAGAAGAUCCUUGGCCUCAGAGAAUGCAAACUGCCCCCUGCUGGUCAAACAAGCCUCAGACACUCUGGUGAAGCUCCUGAAGGACCCCACAACCUACGACAACAUCACCAAGGAUUUCAACUUGUGCUCCAAACUGCAGAUCCAGACAGAAAGUGACUCGGCCUACUUCCUGGAAACACUGGCUGGUAACUUCAUGGAUGUGGUCCAAUACAAUCAGGACAACAGGGCGUUUGAGGGAGCAGUAGGAACCAACAUCACCAUCGAGGUGCUGUGCGGUGUCAUGGCUGAUGCGUCUCUGGGGGACCCUUAUUACCGUUACGCAGCAGUGGCUCGCCUCAUGAUGCAGACCUUCUCUAUGAAAUGUCUUAACGUCAGCUUCAACGGCUACGUCCAGGACAUGACGAAUACCUCCUGGGACGGUCCGGCUGCAGGAGGCGGGAGACAGUGGGUUUACCAGACGUGCACAGAGUUUGGCUUCUAUCAAAGCACUGAUUCACCUGACCAGCCCUUUGCAGGUUUCCCUCUGGAUUACCAGGUGAAGCAGUGUGCAGACUUCUAUAAUGUGAGCGCGGAGCAGCUGGCUGAUGCCGUGGCUCAAACCAAUGAAUAUUACGGAGGAUACAACAUUCGCUCUUCCAGAAUCGUCUUUCCAAACGGCUCCAUAGACCCGUGGCACGCUUUGGGCAUCACCUCAGACAUAACGCCUGAUCUCCCAGCUGUUUUCAUUAAAGGAACUGCCCACUGCGCCAACAUGUACCCAGCGCGGGCAGAGGAUCCUGUUCAGUUGGCGAUGGCGCGUGACCACAUCUUCUUACUCCUACAACAGUGGCUCAAGCAGUGACUGGACUGACCAUGACACAGCUGUUUAUUUGGAAAGGAAAACCCAUUUUGGUCGAAUCGCGGACACUGGGACACCGCAAGUGAUUUUGUUUUUAUGGCUGCUUCACACAAGAAAAGCACAUGUGCACUAGAAUCAUGAAAGCUUGUACAUUUGAAUGAAGAAGUUCUUUUUAAAAUAUGAAUGUUUGAAUGGCUUUGUUGUCAAUGAAUGAAUAAAAUUAUUUCUUAUCCUUG